AUUUAAUUUAGCAAGUUUUGUUUGUGGCUGGAUCCUCUCUCCGGGUUCUUGUCCUGUGCUCCCCGGCUACAUUACCAAAACACUAGUGAAGUUCCAAGUGAUCAAACUCCAUGCAAAUUCUAACAGCAACAAGCAAGCAAGCAAGCUAACUACUUUUCUUUUGUCUCUUCUUCGAAUCUCCUCCUCCUCUGCGCGUCAAUUCAAUUCACACCCAAGGUGUUUGGAAGAGAGAGAGAGAUGUGCCUUUCUAGAUAAUCUGUUUUGCGUCCCAUGGCUUCCACUCGAAAGCCUAGUGGUUAUGGAGCUGAAGCUGAAGCUCAGAAACGCUCCUCUUCAAAUAGUAAUACUAAGUCAUCCAAAGCUGAGGUUGCUGAGAGUAAACGGUUACCUAAACCUGAUUUCACAUCCUUGUCCACCGUUCUUGAGCAUGUAGAUUCAUUGACCAUUGACAGCAAGGACCAGGAGAAGAAAACAUCAGGCUUUGGCAGCGUCAAAACCAGCUCUGCCUCUGCUAAAGUGAGUGAUGGCACGAGCAGUCUCGGCAAGACGAGUGGAAGCACCAAGUUCAGUGGCCACCUUGAUUUCAUGGGGAGUGGCAAAAGCAGUAUCUGCAGGGGAAGCACAAGCAGUGACGUGAGCGAUGAGAGUAGCUGCAGCAGCUUUAGUAGUAGCAGCACUGUCAACAAACCCCACAAGGCCAACGACUUGAGAUGGGAAGCGAUCCAAGCGGUUAGAGCUCGUGACGGGGUAUUGGGUCUGAGCCAUUUCAGGCUGCUCAAGAGGCUAGGCUGUGGGGACAUUGGGAGUGUUUAUCUCUCUGAGCUGAGCGGGACGAAGUGUUGCUUUGCGAUGAAGGUUACGGACAAGACAUCUCUUGCUAGUCGCAAGAAGCUUCUCAGGGCUCAGACGGAAAGAGAGAUUCUUCAGUGUUUGGAUCACCCGUUUCUUCCUACGCUCUACACUCACUUUGAGACUGAGAAGUUCUCGUGCUUGGUGAUGGAGUUUUGUCCCGGUGGAGACUUGCAUACUCUUAGGCAACGCCAGCCAGGGAAGCAUUUCUCUGAGCAAGCGGUGAAGUUCUACAUAGCAGAGUCAUUGCUAGCGAUUGAGUACCUGCACAUGCUGGGGAUUGUGUACCGUGAUCUCAAGCCUGAGAACGUUUUGGUUCGGGAAGAUGGACAUAUAAUGCUCUCUGACUUUGACCUCUCGCUCCGAUGUCUUGUCAGCCCGACACUGGUGAAAUCUGCUGCCACUGAGUCAGAUCCGUUACGCAAAAACGUUUACUGUCUUGAGCCUGCUUGCAUCCAACCGUCUUGCACCGUCACCACCACUUGCUUCUCUCCACGUCUGUUCUCAAGCAAGUCUAGAAAGGAACGUAAAUCUAAGAUUGAUACGGCAAAUCAAGUUAGGCAAUUGCCAGAGCUAGUAGCUGAGCCAACCGACGCACGGUCCAUGUCGUUUGUGGGCACGCAUGAGUACUUGGCCCCGGAGAUCAUCAAAGGAGAAGGGCAUGAUGCUGUGGAUUGGUGGACUUUUGGGAUAUUCCUGUACGAGCUUCUCUUUGAGAGAACGCCUUUCAAGGGUUCAGGAAACCGACAGACAUUAUUCAAUGUGGUUGGUCAGCCUCUACGGUUCCCUGAAACUCCUGUGGUGAGUUUUGCAGCGAGAGACCUUAUCAGAGGCCUGCUUAUGAAGGAGCCGCAGCAGCGGCUGGGGUUCAAAAGAGGAGCCACUGAGGUUAAGCAGCACCCAUUCUUUGAAGGUGUGAACUGGGCUUUGAUUCGGUGUGCCACUCCACCAGAGAUUCCAAAGCCAGUUGAGCUGGAGGAGAGUGGACCUGUGAAUGUUGCAGAGUCACCAUCGAGCCAGAAGACAGCGGCAGGUUUGGUUCUGAAUGCUGAGAAAGGCUCUGAUAAAUAUUUGGAAUUUGAUUUCUUCUAGCACUAAGGCUAUAGAUAUGGGUAGUCUCUUCUUACUUUGAAGACAAUGUGGUGAAAGAUGAUUAAGUGUUGGUUCUCUCUUCAUAGAUUGUCUUGAAAUGAAAUUAUAUGUUUGUUUUCUCUAUGCUUUAGUUACCUCAAUUAGUAUUUAUCAGAGUUACUUUGUG